AUGUCCAGAGUCUUGAGUUUCGAGUCAAUUCCAGCUGAGAUGUUCGAACGGGAGAGUUCAGACUGUUCAACGGAACCGUGGGGAGACUAUUUGAGUCAAACGAGCUACAAGGAAACCAUGAUCAGUUCUCAGGUUUUGAGCGACGAGGGAAGCGAACACCUUGAUGAUUUUGUAAGCGUGGCUAGCUUUCAAUCUGGGUCAGAAGAUGUGUAUGGCACUCCUCCACGAUCUUUAACAUUCGGUGGAUUCAUAAAACAAAAACCUCUCUUGAACAUGUGGAGCUAUGAUUCGAUCCCGGAAAAAAUUUUCAGCUCUCAACCUAUGAUCCCAGCUAGUGACGAGGCUUCGACUUAUUUGAAUGGAGAGGCUAAAAGCAGUUAUAAAAGUCAAUCAACACUCGGAUCAGGAAGAACAAUUAGUGCUGAACUGAUACCGAGAGCGGAUACGUUCAGCGCAUUUGAAGAGCCUUCCGCAAUUUCAUACAAAUUGAGCUUUGGGUCUAUUCCAAAAGAAAAUAUGAAACCGAAUUUUGUGUCACGAUCUCCGUUAGAUGAAUCGGACCAACAACCGCAAGAUCCAGGACCAAAAGUGCCAAUCGUCUGGAGCAACUGCAUAUGCUGCGUGACUGUGGAAAUAAUGUGUCAUAUUUACGAGACAUGUUUGGCAAUUUGCAAUCGUUGA